AUGACUAAUACAACUCCAGCACCAGCCGCUGCGCCAACACAAAACGCAUCUUCUCUUUUAGAGUCCCUGAAGGCUUUGGCGGCCAAACAGGCGCCUAACGUCUCUGCUGCGCCUGUCACGCCAGCCACUGCUUCAAAUAAUCUAAAUGCCUUGCUGGGGUUACAAAAUGCUGUACCACAGUCGACCACACCUGUAAACCAAGGACAAGGUCAAAAUGUAAAUCCUUUGGCUGCUCUCAUGGCGGGCAUGAACAAUGGAACGCAGCCUCAAGUUGCUCACAAUCAAGCUGCGAAUCCUCUAGCUGCUCUUUUCCCCCAGCAGCAACAAGCUCCAGCUGUUCCCAAUCCUCCUGCAGUAGCGCCAGAUGCUCAAGCUACACUUCAAUUGGUACAAUUGAUGGCACAGCAAGGCAUUCCGCCAGAUCAAUGGGCUGCUACGUUGCAAGUAUUGAAUAUGCAAAAUCAGGCUGGUAAGGGCGGCAUGCCGUUUCCUCCUCCGCCUAUCCCAGGUUUCGGCCAGAUCGACCAAUCACGUGAUCGAGAUGGCCAUUUACGGUCUCCUGCUGAUACUGGUCGACGCCGUUCACGUUCUCCAGAUUAUGGUCGUCGGAGUGGUAGACCCGGUAGUCCUGUCAACGACCGGUUUCGUAAUGGCAGCGAUAGACGAGGCAAUGAAUACCGUCAACGUAGCCCAGUGGGUCGCAGACGCCGAAGUCCCACACCACCUGAGCAAGAUCUGCCCCCACCUGGCGAAAAAUACAUCGAUUGGGAUCACAACCUACCAAAGGAUAAUAUCAAGGUCCUUAGUAGAACACUCUUCGUUGGUGGUGUAACCUCGAGCGAAGCACACCUGCGAUCAUUGUUUGCGAGAUUCGGCAUUGUGCAGACCUGCAUCGUCAAUGUCGACAAGCGGCAUGCAUUCGUCAAGAUGAUCAACCGCAAAGAUGCUGAACUUGCACGCAACGGUAUGGAGGAGUAUCGAGACGGGUCCACGCAGUUACGAACCAAAUGGGGCGUUGGCUUUGGGCCACGAGACUGUAGCGACUAUCAAACAGGUGUCAGCAUAAUUCCUGUGUAUCGGUUAACCGAUGCAGACCGAAAAUGGAUGGUCAGCGCAGAAUAUGGUGGCACUGGUGGCAAGCCUAUUCAGGAGGGUAUGAUCGUUGAAGAGCCUGACAUUGAAAUCGGUGCAGGUGUUUCAUCCAAAGCCAUGAGCAAGAGAAUACCUACCGACCAAGGUGGUCGACGAGGUCCGCAAUCCUCAGGGAGGGACGACCGACCCGUAGGAAGAAACGAUCGUCGGUUCGGCGACGAUCAAAGAGAUGACCGACCGGGUUCGAGCUCUGGCAACCCGAACAUGAUACCCUUCCCUAUGGGUUUUCCAAUGAUGCCAAAUGGGAUGCCCAUGAUGCCGCCUGGCUUUCCAUUUCCCUUCCCUCAGCAGAACCAGGACGGCGACAAGGGAGGCCAAUGA